AUGGCUCCUGGCUCACACCGUUAUACCCAACUAUGGCCUCUCCUCAUAGCACGGAUGAACCAAAUUCCGAACAUCCUGUAUGCCAAUGAGGAACAUACUACAUGGCUGAUUCUAGGCGCAAGUAGAGGCAUUGGCCUAGAAUUCGUGCGCCAGUUGUUGGCGAGAGAUGAACAUAUCAUUGCAACCGUGCGGGAGCCUUGGGCAGGCCAUGCAUCCGCCCUGUGGGGUCAGGCUGGGAGUGAUCAUGGACGGUGUCAAAUGUAUACUUGCGACAUUCUGUCGGAGCAGAGUAUAGAGAAAUUCGUCGCUCAGCUCGCCAUGAUACCCAAUCUGAAAAUUGACUAUGUAGUACUUAAUGCAGGUGUACUGAGAUAUCCGAAUAGAGCCACUGAGUUAUCGUUCGAUGAGUUCGCUUUCCACUUGCAUACCAACACAAUCGGGCCCAUCAUUACUGCUCAGAAGCUCCUCAAGACUAGCAUUCCCAUUGGCACCAUGGUCUUCAUGUCCAGUGACUCAGGGUCUCAGGGCAACUUUCGCGAGAUGGAAGAUGGGUUCGCGGCCUACGCUGCAUCCAAAGCUGCGCUAAAUAUGGCUGUUCGACAUAUGGCGGCAGAGUUGAAGAGAGAGGAUGACGAUACCAUUGUGCUGUGCAUGCAUCCGGGAGAGGUAGCAACUGACAUGGUGAAUCUCCAACUAUCAUGGGAAGUGCAAGGUAUCAUCACACCAGAAGAGUCAGUAUUGGGGAUGAUCGAAGUCAUCAAGAGCAAGGGCAUUCAGCAUAGUGGAACGUUCUGGACAUACGAGGACAAGCCAUAUGUGUGGUAG